AUGCGCUAAUCCUUCACCCCUGUGACCUUGAGAGUGGUGGGCAUUUUGGAUUGACACGCGAUGCUGAUUUUGCGUCCAAGUUUCCAGCUUGGACGUUCGGGUCAAUGCGUGGCGUUGGAAAAAAGGCAGAAUGUGGCAAUACUCAGAGUGAAUGACCAGAGCUCGAAAGUAUGUUGGGUCGUUCCCUGUUCAAAACUUUCAGGUCAACUGUUUCACAGAACAGCUUCAGACAGAAUUCCUUGACGCUUACAGAAAGUUCCAGGAAGAUGAGUCCAUUUCAUGUGGUGUCAUCAUCUCUGGAAAACCAGACUGCUUCAUAGCUGGUGCUGAUGUGAAUAUCCUUCGUGCCUGUAAAACGGAAGAGCAAGCCCGCAAUAUAUCCAAGGAAGGGCAAAUGGCUUUCCAGCAAAUCGAAAGUAGCAAGAAGCCCGUGGUGGCGGCUAUCAUGGGUAGCUGCCUUGGUGGCGGGCUGGAAAUGGCUCUUGCCUGUCACUACCGAAUCGCGAUGGAUACGAAACAAACACAACUCGGUGCUCCUGAAGUGAAACUUGGACUAAUUCCCGGUGCGGGAGGGACACAACGUUUAUUGGCAACUUGCUGCGGGAUAGAUCAAGUGUUGCAACUAGCACUAACAGGGUCCAUGGUACCUGCUUCACAGGCAAAACGAAUGGGCCUCGUUCACCAGGUGAUCAAACCCCUUGGACCCGGAGUCGCUUCCCCAACUGAAAAUAACAUGGCCUACCUCGAAUCGAUCGCAGUGUCGUGCGCAGAAAAUCUGGCUAACGGAAACCUAAAAGCAACCAAAGCUCCGCGCUCAGUAGUUCAGCGUAUCCUCUGGAAAGCAUUGGACUACGAGCCACUCAGAAAGCUAUUUUUCAAACAGGCAAGGAACAAAGUGAUGAAGCAGUCCCAUGGUCUUUACCCUGCACCUAUGAAACUGGUAGAUGUUUUCGAAACUUCUGUGAAAAUGGGACCAAAAGUUGGCUACGACUUGGAGUCGAAAGUAUUCGGAGAGCUGGCAAUGACCAACGAAUGUAAAUCGCUUAUUGGUCUUUUCCUUGGCCAUACGGAAUGUAAGAAACAGCGUGUACCAGCACCUAAACAACCAGUAAAACGUCUGGGUGUCCUGGGCGCUGGUCUGAUGGGAGCAGGCAUUGCCCAAGUUAGCAUUCAACGCGGUAUACCUACAGUCAUGAAGGACGUUUCUACGCCCAACCUGGCUCGAGGAGAAGAGUAUAUUCAGGCUAAUUUUGCUAAGCUAGUGAAGCGGAAGAAAAUGACCUUGAUGGACUCGGAGAAGACAUUCACCCUACUUACCAGUACUUGUGACAUGGAUUCACUGAAGAAUGUUGAUCUGGUUAUCGAGGCCGUGUUUGAAGAUUUGAACGUGAAGCAUCGUGUGCUGAAAGAGAUUGAAGCCAUUCUUCCUCCGCAUGCUGUUUUCGCCAGCAACACGUCCGCUCUCCCAAUCCAUCAGAUUGCUGCCGUCAGCAAGCGGCCAGACAAGGUAGAGGUACUGGAAGUUGUGGAGCGUUUCACGUAUCUUGGAAGUUGUAUUAGUUCUGAUUGUAGUGUAGCAGAUGCGGUGAAUGCACGAAUCUGCAAGGCUCGGGCUGCGAUUGCUAACUUGAGACACCUAUGGCGUCAGAAUGGUUUAUCCCUGAAUCUGAAGGGACGUGUGUAUCAAGCUACAGUACGGGCUGUUUUGUUGUAUGGCUGUGAGACUUGGCCUAUUCGAGCAGCGGACCUGAGACGUCUUCAGGUGUUCGACAAUCGUUGUCUCAGAACCAUAACUCGUGUAGCUUCUGCAAUGGACGUCGGUCUCCGACAGGGCAAAGUGAUCAUCGUGGUCAAGGACGCCCCAGGUUUUUAUACCACUCGUCUGCUCGGUCCCAUGCUAUCUGAGUGUGUCCUCAUUCUGCAGGAGGGCGUAUCGCCCACUGACGUGGACAAGGCCACUACCUCUUUCGGAUGGCCGGUUGGGUUGGCUACUUUGGCUGAUGAAGUUGGUAUUGAUGUGGCUUUCCAUGUGGCCGAAACACUGUCGGCUGCUUUCCCCGCGAGAAUGGCUGGCGGCAACCUACAAAUUCUGAAGGACAUGUCUACUAAUGGGAUGCGUGGACGCAAAUCUGGGAAGGGUAUUUAUAGUUACACGGACAAGAAGGGUAAACAUCGUCUAGAGAACUCAGACGCAGUCACACUACUUGAACGGUACAAAGUUCCUGCCAAGAUAGAGAACACUCGGGAAACUAUUCAGUACCGUUUGUUCUCGCGCUUUGUCAACGAGGCUGUGUUGUGUCUACAGGAGGGAAUUCUUAUCAACGGUCCAGUCGAAGGGGAUAUUGGAGCUGUUUUUGGACUAGGAUUUCCGCCAAACUUUGGAGGUAAGAAAUUCAUGUUCUUUCUUGUGAAUAUGAUCCCAACCGGUUAUGGCGGCAACCUACAAAUUCUGAAGGACAUGUCUACUAAUGGGAUGCGUGGACGCAAAUCUGGGAAGGGUAUUUAUAGUUACACGGACAAGAAGGGUAAACAUCGUCUAGAGAACUCAGACGCAGUCACACUACUUGAACGGAACAAAGUUCCUGCCAAGAUAGAGAACACUCGGGAAACUAUUCAGUACCGUUUGUUCUCGCGCUUUGUCAACGAGGCUGUGUUGUGUCUACAGGAGGGAAUUCUUAUCAACGGUCCAGUCGAAGGGGAUAUUGGAGCUGUUUUUGGACUAGGAUUUCCGCCAAACUUUGGAGGUAAGAAAUUCAUGUUCUUUCUUGUGAAUAUGAUCCCAACCGGUUAUGUAGGACCAUUCCGUUACCUUGACAUCCAUGGUGCCGCUGGCUUGGUGAAACGAAUGGAAGACUAUCGUAAACUAUACGGUGAUCAUUUUGCCCCCUGUGAAUUACUCAUGCAACAUGCAAAGGACCCCUCGAAAAAGUUCCAUGCUGCCUAA